AUGGCAUGUGAUGUUUCCGCUCAGGCUCCAAGGAAACAGCCAAACGCGAAGACGCGACCUUCAUUCGAUGAGAAUCUGCGUCAACUCCUGCUUGGCUUGAAGAGACUUGUAUGCCCCAUGGGACUGGCUAGCUAUGUCUGCAACGCUUCGCAAAGUAGAGACAACAUCAAGGAUUUUGUCUUCGGCUUUGAUCCUGUAGUCGGUUACCGCCAAAGGACCAUCUGGGUGGAUGUCUAA